AGAAAAGGAGGGAGGUAGAGAGAGAGAUAUAGGGAAGUCCAACCAUGUUAGCCUGUCAGAUGGACACUGCACACCUCCUGGCUUCCACAUGUAGACGUCUCAGUCUCCUGUACUCGCUUACUUCAAUCCCUUCAUCUUCUAAUCUUCAUCAUGGAUCCCUCACCUUCUUAACAUCCGGACCGCUGAUACUUACACAGAAACAGUCCCUCAGACAGUGACCAGCUUAUUUCUUCUAAAGGACUUUGGAAAACUCUGGAGAGGAUCAUUCUUCUUCUACAGACUCCAAUAUGGCAACAUACCUUUUCUCGCUUUUCCUGACAGUGAUGGUCUGGCGCGGAGAUUUCUGUUCCCUGGGGGAGGGCAGGAGGCAGUGGCAGCAUCCCACCACCCCAGAGCCCUUCACCCAGAGCCAGUCCUUCUUCCAUGGGACCUUCCCCACAGGGUUCCUCUGGGGUACGGGGACCUCUGCCUUCCAGACCGAGGGGGCCUGGGACUGUGACGGUAAAGGCCCCUCAAUCUGGGAUAACUUCACCCACUCAGCCCCCCACCGAGGUGAUGGAAGUGUCGCUGACACGGCCAGUGACGGCUACAACCGCUGGGAGGAGGAUGUUGAGGCGCUGGGGUACCUUGGGGUGCGCUCCUAUGCCUUCUCCCUCUCCUGGCCCCGAAUCUUCCCUGACGGUGUUGCCACAGGUCGGCCCAAUGGGGUGGCUGUGGAGCACUAUGGGAGACUGCUCGACAGGCUCCUGGAGAGAGGAAUUGAGCCGGUGGUCACCCUGUUCCAUUGGGACCUUCCCCAGGCCCUGCAGGAGCACUACGGGGGGUGGAGGAAUGACACCCUGGUGGGUUUGUUUGAUGCAUACGCUGCCUUCUGUUUUCGAACGUACGGGGGCCGUGUGAGGUACUGGAUCACCAUACACAACCCCUACCUGGUGGCAGUCCAGGGGUACGGGACAGGGGUGCACGCGCCUGGAGAGACAAGCGACGCCACCGCACCCUUCAAUGUGGCCCACAACCUCAUCAAGGCGCAUGCCAAAGCAUGGCACACCUAUGACACCUACUUCCGGCCGACUCAGAAUGGUAAAGUGUCCAUCGUCUUGGGUUCCCAUUGGAUGGAGCCUAAGAGAGACCAAGCCACACAGGUCAAUAUUGAACUCUGCCAGCAGUCCAUGGAGGCGGUGCUUGGCUGGUUCGCCAAUCCCAUCUUCAGGGAUGGGGAUUACCCAGCAUCCAUGAGAUCCACCCACAGGGGGCUUCUGCCUGAGUUCACCCCAGAGGAGAAACACUUGGUGCGGGGAACGGCUGACUUCUUUUCCCUGUCCUUUGGGCCUAACAACCUGCGUCUGGGCCGGAGUCUAGCCCACUAUGGGCAGACAGUGUACCCGGACAUGAGGCGGGUGCUGGGCUGGGUGAGGCUGGAGUAUGGGGACCUGCCUGUGCUGGUGGCGGAGGGGGGCUGGUUCUCAGCUGCAGCUGUGGAGAGGGAGGAUACAGAUGCCAUCUACCUGAUGAAGAGGUUCAUCAACCAGGUGCUGCAAGCCAUGGUGUUUGACGGUGUCAGAGUGUUUGGCUACACAGCCUGGUCUCUGGUGGAUGGUUUUGAGUGGAACUACGGCUACAGUGUGAGACGAGGCCUGUUCUACCUAGACUUCAGCCAGGCCAACAGAACCAGGGUUCCCAAGACCACUGCUCUGUUCUACAGGCAGGUCAUCAAGGACAAUGGUUUCCUCAGUGAUGAGAUCACCGGAGAGGUCAAAGGGCGUUUCCCAUGUGACUUCCACUGGGGUGUGGCCGACUCCAGCCUACAGGUCAAUUUCUAUCCCUUCUCCCCUCAAUUCACCGACCCCCACCUGUAUAGCUGGAACCUGACAGGGGAUGGGGCACUGCGUCCUGUCCAAGGAGUCAACCUCCACAUCAGGGGGGCACAGUGCACUGACUACCUGGCCAUCAGUGGUCACGUGAGCCUCUUUAAGUCCACAGGGGCAUCUCACUACCUCUUCGCCCUCAACUGGUCCCUAAUCCUUGCCCAAGGCGAUCUGUCUAAUGUGGACACAGAGGCCCUAAGGUACUACCGCUGCUUCCUCACCGAACUCCGCAAGCAGGGCCUGGAGGCUGUGGUCACUCUCUACUACCCUACUAACAGAGUCCCUCUGCUGGGCUUGCCCGGCCCGCUGCAUGCCUCUGGCGGCUGGCUGAACCAGAGCACGGUGGAGGCCUUCCAGAGAUACGCAGCCCUCUGCUACACGGAGCUGGGGCCCUGGGUGAGCUACUGGAUUACCAUAAAUGAGCCCAACAGACUAGUGGAUGCCUACAAGAUCGGGGAGGAGCAGCAUCUGGCAGCCCAUAAUCUCCUCCUGGCCCACGCUAAGGCCUGGAGGCUUUAUGAGAGGGAGUAUCUCAGCCAACAGGGAGGACUGGUGUCCCUGGCUCUGCACGCAGACUGGGUAGAACCCGCCAACCCCUUCCUGGAGUCACAUGCAACAGCUGCUCAGAGAUUCCUGUUGUUUGAGCUUGGUCGUUUCCUAGACCCACUACUAGGGAGCAUAGAGGGGGAGGGUAAGAGUGGUAGGUACCCUCCAGAGGUGAGGAGGUACUUGGAGGAGAGGGCAAGGGUGAUGGGCCUCCCUGGAUCCUCACUACCACACUUCACCGCCAGGGAAAAAGAGGAGCUCGGAGGGGCGCUGGGCUUCAUUGCACUGAAUCACUUCACCACACGUCUCGUGUCACCACGCCCCCAGUCUCCUCAGACUGCCCCACCUAACCCCCAGCAACCUCCAGACCAUGGCUGCCUGCUGAUGUCUGACCACACCUGGGCCUCUUCUGGUCUGGAGCAGGCAGUGGUCCCCUGGGGCCUCCGGAGGGUGCUGCGCUGGGUGAAGGAGAGGUAUGGAGUGGCCCUGCCUGUUGUAGUCACAGCCAGUGGGGUAGACGACCAGGCCCCUGUAAAUGAUCUGCUCAGGCAGCACUACAUCAGGAAUUACCUACAGGAGGCCCUCAAAGCUCGCCAGUUGGAUGGAGUCAACCUAAAGGGCUUCUACGUCUGGAAGCUGCAGGAUCGACACGUCCCUGAGUUCGGUCUCUUCACCUCUUCCCACCACAAGUCCCGACCCAAAGCCUCCAUCGCAGCCUACAGAGAGAUUAUCGAGCGCAGCGGUUUCCCUGGCAACAACGUCACAUCGUCCUGUAUGAUCAUUGACCGCAGGGCGGUGUGUUCCAUCUGCGCUCGCAUCUCAGAGAACAAACUGCUGCUGUUCUUCGCUGCAUGUCUCCUCCUUACGUUAGCUAUGCUGGUGGGGGUCGUCAUCGUCGUCGUCAGGGGGAAGAGGACUAGGAGGAGGAGGAGGGUGGGUUUGCCGGUGUGUCCCAUCCCGCUCGGGAGGAAGUGUCAGCCGUGGGAGAGAGUGUCACUACAGAGUGUGACGGAUAGGAUCCGCGUGGUCCGCCGUUAGUCAGGGCCUUAUUCAUACUGAGUUUGUUCCUGUUGUAGUGGCCUGCAGGUUUUACACGCCAGCCAAGCUUCCGGGAGAGCGCCAUGGUGCCCUUUUGAGUCGUGGUUCUUAGGGACAGGUCUCGGAUCAGCUUCCCCUCCACAAAACCUUGAACUUAGUGGAUAAACAAAAAAUUUAGAUCAGUGUCUAGGGGGGAACUUCAUUAUCCUCCGCAAGCCUGGGACUGGGCUCAACGCAGCGGGAUCAGCAAGGGCCAAGGGGUCAUCUUCUGUCUGAGCCCUAGAGAUACCACAUAUUGAUGAUCAAUGUAUAGGCAAUUAACAUAAUUGACAGUAUGUAGGCUAUAUGUUAUCACAGAUAAGAAUAUGAUGUUGCCAUGGGAUUGCUUUGUUGUUUCGUUGACAGAUCGUUGGCUAUAGCUUGAUAUCUUCUAUGAAUGCUGCUGUUGUGAUGUACUGAUCAUGUAUGGUGUACAAGACCGGCCUGUUAGUAUGACUUGUUGGUGUGUGUCAUAGUGUUUCCUCACCUGUCUUAUAAUUUGGUGGGUACCCAACUUGUUGCAUAUCCCAACUCUCCCUGAGACACCAUUGGACAGUCUUUGUAUAUUUGUAGUAAGGAGUUCCUAAAAUAGGGAUCUGCGCUGAUGGCAGUAGUGUUUUUCCCUCUGCGCUCCAGAGACAAAACCACUUGAACAUGUUAUCUACAAAUGGCUAACUCAAGCGCUUAUUCUAAUUUAUUUUUCUCAAUGAUUGUGCACCUUUUUUGGGAAGAUGAUGUGCAAUGUUUGCUGAGUUCAAAACAUUUUAUUCUGUAAAUUAAUCCAAAAUAAUACAUUAUAUAUGAAAUAAAAUGAAAUCGUUGUGCCAGAAGUUGCUGCUCUAUGUGGGCACUGUUUCCUUCAGACACUGCUGCCCCCUAGUGGGGGUCUUAUGUCCCAAAACUGGUUCAGGGCCCUUGAUAAGAAAAUAGAGAGAGAAUGAGAGAGAGAGAAUUGAGAGUGAGAGAGAAAUAAUUGGUAGAGAGAGAAUUUAAUUGAGAGAGAGAGAGUGAGAAAGAGAGAGAGAGAGAGAGGUUGAAUCCAAGAUGGCGUAGCAGUAAAGACGUUGUUUGUUGUUGUCCUGUGUACAUUUUUUUGUUGUCUUUUUUUGUAUAUAUUUCAAUAUAUUUCAAUCUCUUUUUCCAUUUUUAAAUUAAAUAUUCCUUCCAGCAACCCGCCUCACCCAAUGUGAUACUAAUCUGCUAUUUUAAGACAUUAUAGCUAGAACCUCCAUCAGAAGCAAGCCAUCAGAAUCUAACCAGCUAAUUAGCUACUAGCUAUUUAGUCCUUGUUAGCCACUGCUAGCGGCCUUUGCCUUUAGCUCAGGCACCAGAUGCUUUUAGCCUGGAUAAUAUUUGCCAGUCUGCACAGCACGAUAUCAACCCUGAGCAUACCGGACUGCUUUUCUCCACUACAACACCGGAUUCCUGCCUUAAGCCCUGGACCAUUACUCCUGAUCAUCGCAGCUAGCUAGCUGCUACCGAGUGGCCCAGCCCCGAAGCUAGCCUUGAGCCAUGCCCAUCUCCCGGCCUGCUCAGUGAACCCUAUAAUCACUUGGCUAUACAGCUGAUGCCUCCCGGACUCUUCACUAAUACGACUAGAAUCCACUACAUCACCGGAUUCCUGCUGUAAGCUCUGGACCUUUGCAUCCGAUCAUCGCAGCGAGCUAGCUGCUACCGAGUGGCUAUAGUGGCUAACGCCCUCGUCCCGAAUCUAGCACCAGUUAGCCUCGAGCCAGGUGCACCUCCCGGCUAGCAAAUGAAAUUACUCCAGCUACAAUACCUCUUUUGCCAAUUGGCCUGGACCCUUUGUCGACACGGAGCCCUGCCUAUCCAUCACGACUGGUCUCCCAACGUAAUUCCGUCGGAUGUGCCCUCAACCGGCCUUUGCCGGACAUCGGUGAAGACGUUUCUGCUAGCCCCGGCCUGCUAACUUUAUGAACGCUGUGUUUCCCGCUUGCUAGCGUAGAACUUUUCAGGUUAGCGGCUUCCCUGAUUCAUCUAUUGCUGUUCACUGGACCCUAUGAUCACUUGGCUACAUAACUGAUGCAUGCUGGACUGUUCAUUAAUCACGGUCCAUUUUGUUUAUUUUGUUUAUCUGUCGGCCCCAGCCUCAAACUCAGGCCCUGUGUAGUUAACUGACCCUCUCUGCCCAUUCAUCACCAUUUUACCUGUUGUUGUUGCCUUAGCUGAUUUGCUGUUGUUGUCUUACCAGUUGUUGUCUUAGCUAGCUCUCCCAAUCAACACCUGUGAUUGCUUUAUGCCUCGCGUUAUGUCUCUCUCUAAUGUCAAUAUGCCUUGUAUACUGUUGUUUAGGGUAGUUAUCAUUGUUUUAUUUUACUGCGGAGCCCAUAGUCCCACUCAACAUGCCUCAGAUACCUAUUUUGUCCCACCUCCCACACAUGCGGUGACCUCACCCAGCAUAACUAGUGCGUCCAGAGAUGCAACCUCUCUUAUCGUCAUUCAAUGCCUAAGUUUACCUCCACUGUACCCGCACCCUACCACACCCCUGUCUGUACAUUGUGCCCUGAAUCCAUCCUAUCACGCCCAGAAAUAUGCUCCUUUUAUUCUCUGUCCCACGCACUCCUCCUCUGUUCCUCAGGUGAUGUAGAGGUUAACCCAGGCCCUGUGUGUCCCCAGGCCUUGUGUGUCCCCAGGCGCUCUCAUUUGUUGACUUCUGUAACCAUAAAAGCCUUGGUUUCAUGCAUGUUAACAUCAGAAGCCUCCUCCCUUAGUUUGUUUACUCACUGCUUUAGCACACUCUGCCAACCCUGAUGUCCUUGCCGUGUCUGAAUCCUGGCUUAGGAAGGCCACCAAAAAGUUGCAAUCUACUGCAGAGAUAGCCUGCAAAGUUCAGUCAUACUUUCCAGGUCUAUGCCAAAACAGUUUGAACUUCUAAUUUUAAAAAUGAAUCUCUCUAGAAAUAAGUCUCUCACUGUUGCCGCCUGCUAUAGACCCCCCUCAGCCCCCAGCUGUGCCCUGAACCCCAUAUGUGAAUUGAUUGCCCCCCAUUUAUCUUCAGAGAUCAUUCUGUUAGGUGACCUAAACUGGGAUAUGCUUAACACCCCAGCCAUCCUACAAUCUAAAUUAGAUGCCCUCAAUCUCACACAAAUUAUCAAGGAACCCACCAGGUACAACCCUAAAUCCGUAAACAUGGGCACCCUUAUAGAUAUUAGCCCUCCAAAUACACCUCUGCUGUUUUCAACCAGGAUCUCAGCGAUCACUGCCUCAUUGCCUACAUCCGUUAUGGGUCCGCGGUCAAAUGACCACCCCUCAACACUGUCAAAUGCUCCCUAAAACACUUCUGCGAGCAGGCCUUUCUAAUCUACCUGGCCCAGGUAUCCUAGAAGGAUAUUGACCUCAUCCCGUCAGUAGAGGAUGCCUGGUCGUUCUUUAAAAGUAAUUUCCUCACCAUCUUAAAUAAGCAUGCCCCAUUCAAAUGAUGUAGAACUAAGAACAGAUAUAGCCCUUGGUUCACUCCAGACCUGACUUCCCUUGCAACAUCAGCAAGAUGGGCAGCCCAAUGAUAAAAACAUCAGUAGCCUAAAAGUCAUAAGCACUAAGUGUGCUUGAUAAAUAGUGAAAAUUGGCACAAAAGCAAUAAUGGCAUUAUAAUGAAUGUGUCAAUAGGACAGCAGUCAAAAAUAGUCAAUUCUUGUCAGCUCGUGGUGACAUAGUGUGCAUCUUCAUGCAAUGGCAUCAGACAUCCAUGUCACAUAAACCACAAAGCUGGUGAGUGCGUUGCUGAUGUUGUUUUUUGCUUGAGCUGUAGCUCUGAGUGAUUACAUUUUAUGCGGAUAAUCGUCCAUAGCAUUGUCACCGGCUUGUUCUUUCCAAACAGUGCCACCCCUCGACUCUUCUCUCCUGUCUCACCUGCUCAGUGGACACGAUUCUGUUUUUUUUGCGCUUAGGCCUUGGAGAUGUAUGUUCAGGCUGAGGCUCAGAAUCAGAAGAAUAAUCAUCCGAGAUGUCACGAUCAAUUCUUCCCCACCAUCUGAGUCGUUUUCAUUCAGAUUUUGUAGCAACGCUAAGGCAGCACGUGCAUCCAUUCCUCUAGGUCUUCGUGCCAUUGUAAAUUAUGCAUGCUCUCACUAUGUACUCCAAGUACUGUAGGCCAGCGUAGGCUGAUAAGACUGCUUGGAUUCGGUGGACUGAUAUAGGCUUAGGGCUGUGGAGGUGACUGUAUUACCGCCACACCCGCCAUACCCGGUGGUCACUAGUCAUGAAGGCAGUCAAAUUCCAUGUGACAGUUUAGUCACAGUAAAUAGAUUUCUCCAAGCUCUGAUGCUGCUGAUGGUCAUUAGUAGCCUUAUAAACUUCCUGGUACUCAGCACUCCCUCUAAUCACUCUGACAUCAAUGCAAAUAUAAUUGAAAAUCAAACAUUUCAUUAGAGCCCAUGAGCUCCUGUUGUGCAACAUUUCUAUAGACUAACAAUUGUGUGAGAAAAUAGUGAUGGCCUCUACUAAAAAGAGGAGGAUCCCAUCAGCUUUCUAUAGACUAGGCCUACUAUGUUUAUUUCUCAACUUUAAUAAUAUUAAGCAAAUUGUUUACGUUUACAACAGGAGUAUUACAUACCAGGCUGGCAUGAAAAUGACCCACAGGAAAAGCGUCCUCCAUUCGGGUAUUUAAGUGCAUAGAUGACAUAUUGUUUUCCACUGUGUUACGACUUCCGCCGAAUUGGGUUUCUCUCCUUGUUUGGGCAGCGUUCGGCGGUCGACGUCACCGGUCUUCUAGCCAUCGCCGAUCCACCUUUCAUUUUCCAUUUGCUUUGUCUUGUUUUCCCACACACCUGGUUUAUUUACAGUUCCCUCAUUACUUGUCAUGUAUUUAACCCUCUGUUCCCCCCCAUGUCUGUGAGCGAAAUUGUUCAUUACGGUUAUUGUGUGACGCGUCAGGUUGUUUUUUUCCCGGGUAUUGUUUUGAACCUGUGGUAUUGUAUUGUUGUACAUUAUUUAGUGUGACUAGGGCGCUAUUCGCUUUUGCCUUUGGCUGGAGUGUUGUGAUGCUGUUGCGUCCAACUGUUUUGCUUCUGCCGAUUAAAGUGUGCCUGUUCACUCA